AGAGACAGGAGCAGGGCGCGGAGCUGCACACUCUACACUGUCUGACAACUUCCCACAGACAGGGCUCUAUGGACCUUUUAUCAUUUUUCGAGUUUCAUUUGAUGGAUUUGCAUAAUAAGAAAUUUGAUUUCGAACUGGAGAAAGGAGGUUCGGCUGGAUUUGUAUGUGCUUAAAAUGAAGUUUUUGGAUGAUUUGCGCUUUUGGGACUUGUGUGUCAGCGCCAUGCAGUUCAUUGAAAUGAUUUUCUUUGUGAAUGCCUGAUGUAAUUAUCUGCAAAGCGCACAGAAAUAGGCUAUAGCUUGUCAUGGAGAACCUCACAAUGGAUAAUAUGACUUUGGAGAAUGACACGUCGGCGCAGGACAAUCAGACCCUGGGUGUGUGGACUGACUACACAGUCGAGUACAAGGUGGUCAGCGUGUUCUUGGUGUCCCUAAUAUGCGGGGUGGGGAUUGUGGGGAACGUGAUGGUCAUACUGGUGGUCCUGACCACCAAACACAUGCGAACUCCCACAAACUGUUACCUGGUGAGUCUGGCCGCGGCUGACCUGAUGGUGCUGACGGCCGCAGGGCUGCCCAACAUCACGGACGCGCUGCACGGACAGUGGGUGUUCGGGUACGCAGGAUGCCUGGGGAUCACUUAUUUCCAGUACCUGGGUAUCAACGCGUCCUCAUGCUCCAUCACCGCCUUCACCGUGGAGCGCUACAUUGCCAUCUGCCACCCCAUCAAAGCGCAAUUCCUGUGCACUUUAACCAGGGCGAAGAGGAUCAUCAUGCUGGUGUGGACGCUCACCUCUGUCUACUGCGUCAUGUGGCUCUUUCUGUCCGACACUAAAAACUUGGUUUAUGACAACGUGGUUCUGCUCAGCUGCGCCUACAAAGUGUCCAGGAAUCAAUACCUGCCCAUCUACUUCACUGAUUUCGCGGUUUUUUACGUGCUGCCUCUCAUGCUGGCCACGGUUAUGUACGGACUGAUCGCUCGGAUCCUGAUCCUGAACCCGCUGCCCUCAGACCCCAGGGACAGCACCAAGAAGUGGAAGAAGGACACGAGUCAGGGGAGGAGGAUGCUGGGCUCCAGCUCCUCCAGCAGCACCACGGCUGCCUCCCGUAGACAGGUGACAAAGAUGCUAGCUGUGGUUGUGAUCCUCUUUGCCUUGCUUUGGAUGCCCUAUCGGACCUUGGUGGUGGUCAACUCCUUCUUGGACAAGGCCUACCUGGACAUAUGGUUUCUGCUCUUCUGUCGACUCUGCAUCUACUUAAACAGCGCCAUCAACCCAGUCAUCUACAACGCCAUGUCCCAGAAGUUCCGCGCAGCUUUUAAGAAGUUGUAUCACUGCGGCCCACAGCGGAUGGAGAGACCAGCUUCUUACAGUGUGGCACUAACCUACAGUGUCAUCAAGGAGACAUUCAAUGGGGAAAGUCCAGACCACUUCACUACAGAGAUGGAUGAGCUUAACACACCAACAGAUCAGUACUUACCCACCAGAAUCCUACCAAGUGCCAAGAAGAUGCCGUUGAAGGAGCCUUCUUUACCUGGAAGUGAUGUCAAAGCCUGAUUAAAAACAAGCAUUUCCAGCAAAGAGGAUUGCAGAGAUUCUGACAGCGGCUGUAUGGAUUCAGUCACCUAUGAGACACAUUAGAGAUGUUUUAAUUAAAAGUGCCCAGACACUUCUUAUUUAAUUUAUGUAAAGUGUUGUCUCUUUGAAAUGGUUCUUUUAUUUGACAAGAACAUUUGCCAAGAGCCAAACAAGAUGCUGUGAAAUGAGCUGACAUGGGCCUUUAUUGCAUUUUUUAAAUAAAACAACUCAAGCCUUCAUAAAUCUACAGGUUAGAUUACACAAGUUAUUAAUGCAGCUACAGAGCAGGAAUUCAAAUUCUGCAGAGAAUGUCUGUGCUUUUUGUCUAAAGAAGAAAAGCAUCAGUUAUCACUGCAGGGUUUGAUGAGAUAAUGCAGACUAAUUUAUGUGUACAUUAACUUAAAAUGUUAACAGAGGAAGAAGAAUGAGAUCAGUUCUUGUCAAAUCAUUUAGUUUGAUUAUUACUUUGGUUGAAAUAUUCCCAUUCAAUUGAAAUCCUCUUCCCUCUCUGAUCUAAACAGAAACAGACCAUGUUGAACCAAAGAUGACCACCUGUCACACUAAAAAGCAUGAAAUAAAGAAGUGUAUAUCAUACAUCUUAGUCAUAUGGCAAUGGAUAUAUUUGUUUUUCAUUCAUAAAUGUUCUGAUCUAUAUCAUGAAGUACAUUUUUGGUAAGUAAAUCAUUCCCCUGUAUUUACCAGAACCAGACAUUUACCAGGUUUUAUGCAGGUGCAGACAGAGUACCCUUUUCCAAUUAGUAUAUUUUUCUUAAUUAACCCAAGCAUUGUGUCAGUCUACCAUGACUUAUCCCACAGUGUGCAAUGUUUACAGCCAUGGAGUGUAUCUCUGUGAGGGUCAGUUUUUCCUCCUGCAGGUUGGUUUUGUUUUUGGAGAAGAGCUAGCAUAAGGUGGUGCAGUAUCAGAUACUGAUGUUUCAGGCUUAACUUGGUUCUUGGCGUUUUCAGUCUUCUUGCUCCCCGUAUCCACAGUAUUUGCUUGUGAUUGACUUUAGGUUUAAUUAACCCUGCUUGUUGUUGUGUCUUCUUAGCUCACACUCAACACCUAAAUGUCUUCUUAAAGGAUGUCCUUGCACCUUCCAAAACCUGAUCACAAAAAUGAUAGCAUGUCAUAUGUGAAGUUACUUCAACUGACCUCUUCAUGGUACAGUCAAACACCUCUAUGUGAACAGAGCUUUCUCUAUAAAAGUGAUUAAUUUGAAAGUCCAUUAUAAUUUAUCACAAUAUUCAAUCUCUGUAAAACUCUUGUUCUUUGAUAGUUGGGGGUUGAUCCAUUUAUUUCGGUGUGUGUUCGGUGUACUGGUCUGGCGAGCUUGGUAUGUGGAAUGAAGGUGAAGGAAGGUGGCUAGCCACCAAAAAUAACCUAACUAAUAACUCUGUAAAUUUCUUAUAGCCUACAUGAUUUCAAAUUUGCUCUGUUGCAAGCAGGACUUAAUGCAGUCAAUAUGGAUGAUUUCAAGCAGCUGAUGAUAGAUAGUAAAGGACUCAAUGUCCUGUUUUCUUACUUUUCACAUUUUAAGUACAUCAAAUGUGGCUGUUGGGGCAUUGAAGAUGUACCAGACUCCACAUUUUGUCAGUCCAAUCAUAUUUUGCUUUUCAGUAUGAAAUUUGAACUAUUAGU